GAAAUCAAAAAAUAGAGCAAGUACGAGUACUGAAGUAGAGCAUCUCUUGGGCUUGAGCUUGCAGCUGUCAGGACAGUGGUUUCCAAUCUUCCUUCGUCUCUUCUUACAGUUCCACUGAGCUGUUAGCAUUUCUCUUCCUGUCUUGAAUAUCGCAUCUUUACAAUGUCUCUUUACCCUUCUCUGGAGGACAUGAUGGUCCAUAGCUCGGGUGCUGUUUCGAGCCCUGCAGCCGCGCCCAGUGCUCAGCCAUCCAUUGUCACUGCCCCGCCAGCAGCAGCGGUGGCCAGCAGCAGUUGCCUUCCCAGGUACCCAUCUCUGUACCCAAGUCUGUCCGAUAUGGGACUGGACCUCAGCCCAGCUGUACUGGAAGAGCAUGCUCUGGCAGUGGCACAGUUUGCCCCCGCCCAGGUCCCGGUUGCCGUUGCCAGGCCGGUGUCGAGCAGCACUCAGUCGAUGAUAGCGCCGGUCACCGGCAACAAUGAUCGAGGCAUGCUUCAGUCAGAGAUCAAACAAGGUCUUCGACCCAUUCUCCUCUGCAAGGAUGUAAAUGGAAAAGCUGGCUUGGCCGUAGCAGCUAUCAGCAAAGGUAUAUUUGUGGCGUUCGUCUACAGAAAUUCACCGGCUGCUCAGGUCGGACUCCGCUUCGGUGAUCAGAUUCUGCAGAUCAACGGGAAAACGGUUGCUGGGCUGAAGGCCACGGCCGUUGAGAAGAUCUUCAGCGAGGCUUCUCCAGAGCGCAUCGAGAUUGCUGUCAGAGACAGGCCGUUUGAGCGCACUGUGACCAUGCAGAAAGACGCUAUGAAUCACGUCGGCUUCGUGUACAAGAGGGGUCUCAUCACAGCCAUUGUCAAGGACUCUUCUGCCGCUCGAAACGGUCUGGUCAUCGACCACUAUCUAGUGGAAGUGAACGGACAGAACGUUGUCGGAAUGUCCGACGACGACAUCUCGAAGAUCUUUGCCGUCUCCCUGCCGUCAGUGACCAUCACCAUCAUGCCAGACUUUCUCUACAAUCACAUGGUCAAACACAUCGGAAGUCUCAAGAAGUACAUGGAUCACUCCAUCCCGGAGAUCUGAAGCGAACAUGAACUGUGCGUCUCAACAUGACAAACGACUUAAAAAGUGCAGUCUUCCAUUUCUAACAGCACAUAUUCGUGUAUACUCAGGACAUUCGUACAACCAACAUUGAUCUAUUACUCCCCAUUCCCUUUCAUUUGGUUGCACUCGACGUUGAGUUAAUCUGCAUGCGGUAAUAGUGCAAGAGUCAAUACUGACGCUUGCAGACAAAAACUUCCCGUGCCCUGGAUUGGCUUGGCUUGGCUUCUUGAGAGCGUAUUGGCUAGGUUCUCUGCUGGCUCUCAGCCUUCUUUUACUGAAUUCUUGUUGCCACCAUCUCUACUUAGGCAUCUGCAUUUUUGCUGUAAGGCUAGAGGUAUAUGGUGACCACGGCCAAUCCAGUAUGUCGUAUAAUAUACGACAUGAUAAUACCUGAUAAUUUUUAGCAGCACAAUAUCAUGAUACAUGUACAUGUAGCAGCAUAAUCAUCCCCAUUUCCUAUAAACAUGGAGACCAAAUUUCUUUUCAAACAUCAAGGAACAAUAUUCUAGGUCUCUUCCUGUGCAAUAACUAACUUCCGCGUUGAGUGUCAAAUCUCCCCAUUGCUGAAGACUGCAAGCUGUUUUUG